AUGGAAAAAUUAGACAGUAACGAAACAAUGGUUAUUACCUUAAAAAACAUAAACAAAAAUAAGUGGAGUUCAUUAUCAAAAAAGAAAAUAGAUGAUAAAUCAUGCUAUUCUCCUAGAACUGAAAAAUUAAUUGAAAUAAUUUCACCAAUUUUAGAUUAUUAUGGAUAUAACAAAGAAGAUGUAUAUAAUUUUAUUAGUUUAUACAAGUUUGAUAUAGAGAAAAUUCAAUUAGAAUUAUGUAAUAUAAUGGAAUCUAAGGAAGGAAAAGAAGAAGGAUUAUGGAAAUUGGUGAAAAGCAAAAAAAGUAAGAAACCUAGUGAAAAAAAUAAUAAAAAAAGUAACAUAGGAAGAAAAAAUCAUAAAAAAAUAGAGAAGUUAUUUUCAAAAGGAUUUAACUCUAAAGAAAAAGAUCAAAAAAAAAUUAAAAGUACAUCAAAUGUUGAUACAGUAGGUCAAAAAAAGACUUUUUCUAGUAAUAGCAAAACUAAUUAUUUCCCUAAUCUAAAUGAUAAAAAUGAAAAUGUUUCAAUGAUACAUGAUGUUAAUAAAAAUAUACAAGAGGAUAAAGAUAUAAAAGAAAAUAAAAGGAUAGAAGAAACUUUAAGCAAGUAUCAUAAUGUAGAAAAUAAAAAAUUAAGAAUAGGAAAUGAGGACAUAAAAAAUAAAAAAAGUAAAAAAAAGAAAGGAAUAAAAUCAGAAGAAAAAAAAAAUAGUAUAAAUGAAAGUUGUGAUGAUGAUUUUUUGAAUUAUUCAAUGGAGGAAAAAGGAGAAAAUAAAAAAAACCAUAGUUUGUUUAAAGAAUCAGAUAAUAUAAACAAUGAAAAUUUUUUUAAGAAUAAAGAUGAAUUAUUAAACAAAAAGGGUAACAAAAAUAAUUAUUUUAAUUAUUUUGAUAGAAAAAAUCAUAAAAUGGAAGAAAAUAAAAAGGGAUACAAGUCAAAUGAAGAACAUUUCAUUAAAAAAGAUUUUAAAAAUAAAAAUUCUCCUAAUGUGAAUUUAGCAAAUGGUCACAAUCAUAAUUUUUCUAGAUAUAAUAAUUUUAAUCAUCACGAGAAAUAUUUUAAAAAUUAUAAUAGAUAUAAUAAACCAUUAAAUGAUAAUUUGAUUUCAAGGAAUAUAAAGCAGAGAUAUUCUAUUCUGAAUAAUAAAAUAAAUUUGUACAAUUCUGGUAAUAAUUACUUCAAUAAUUAUACUAAAGGAAAUCAAAAGAAGGGAUACUUAAGCAAGAAAAAUUUUAGAAAAAAGAGAACAUUUAGCAAAAAUAGCAUAGAUCUUGAAUAUAAUCCAUAUACAGGGCAAAAAUUAAAUUAUGAUGUAACUAACACUGAACAAAAUGAUAAUAAUAAAAAAGAUAUGAAUAUGAAAGCAUUAAACGAAAAAACAAAUUAUAAUGCAUCUUAUGCAUCUAUAGUAAAUAACACUGUUAAGCAACCUCCAGUAGAAGAAAAUGAUAAUGAAAACAAAAAAAAUUUAUCAAAUGUAUUGAAUAAUAUAAAUGAAGAUAAAAAUGAAAUAAAAGAAAAAAAAAAAUCAAAAUGUCAGUUAAUACCUAUUAAAAAUACUAAACCAGAAAAAUUAUGGGUAUCUAUAAUAACAAAAGGUAGUAGCAAUACAUGUAAUGAAAUUGAGAAUACGAAUGACUCAAUUAUAACAAAAAAAGAUGCAAAUGAAAAAGAAUUAAAAAAAGAUCAAAAUAUCAAAGAAAAUAAUAGUGUGAAUAAAAAAGAAUUAUUUAACAAUAAUAAAACAAUGAAACCAAAGAAAAAAGAUAUUUCAGGAAAUUUGAAUAUAUCCAGUGAAAAUAUUAGGAAUAGUAAAUGUAAUGAAAAGUUACACAAAAAUGAUUUAUCGAAAGAAGAAAAUUUAACUUCAGAUUUCAAAGGAAAUGAAAAUGAAGAUAUUAAUUUGUUGAGCUAUAGUAAGAUGGUUAAAAAAGGAAAUGAAUCUAUUAAUAAAAAACAUAAAAUUACAAAUGAUGAUUCUUUCAAUCCAUUACAUUCUAAUGAAGAAAAUAAAAGUAACCUAGAGACAAUAGAAAAUAGAGAAAAUAUAGUAAUGAAAAAAGGAAAUGAAAAUAAAACUAAAAUGGAAAAAGAAAAAAAUAUUGGUAACGAAAAUGAUUCAGAGAAGAAAGAAAUAAAUUCUAAUAAAAAAAUUAUGGAAGAGAAAAAAGAAAAAAAAAAUGAAACAAAAAUAGAGUUGGAAGAAAAAAAAAAAAAGAAGAAAAAGAAAAAUGAUCAAGAGAAAAAUAUUUUAAAUAAUAAUAUAUCUAUAAAAACAAAAAGUCUCUUACCAUGUGAUUCUAAAAAAGGUAAAAAUAAAAUGAAUAAAAUAUCAGAACAUAAUGAAAAAACGUUACCAGAGAAGAUUAUAUCAAUUGAUAAAGAUGGAAAAGAUAAAACUAAAAUACCAAUUUAUAUGCCUAAUAUAUCCUUAAUGGCAAAUAUAAAUAAAAAGAUAUUUUUUGGUAAUAUAAAUAUAAGUGGAGAUCAAAUAGAAAACAUUGACAUUGUAUCAGAAAAUAAGAUAGAUGAAAUAAAAAAUAACAGAAAUAAUAAUACAGGUGAUAAUAAUGAUAGCAGCAGCAAAAUUAUGACAUCAGAAAGCAAAAAAAAACAUAGUUUAAAAAAAAAUUAUAGUGUAGAAUCAUCAUUAACAAUAAAUAAUGACAAUCAUCCAACAUUACAUAAAGAUGGGAAUAGAAAUUAUGAAAAUAGCGAUAUGAGAGAGCAAAAAGAAAAGGAAGUAAAACAGUUAGAUUUAAAAAAUAAUAAAAACCAAAAAAGGGAAGAUAACAAUAACAAUGAUAUCUUAAAUGAUAACAAACAAAAAUCAAUUUUUUCAUCAUCUAACAAAAAUUCUCAUAUAAAUUCCAAAUCACAAAAUAUAUCUCUCUCAAAAAAUGAAACAUCUUCAUCUUCUACUCAUCAACAAAUGCAAAAUUCUAUUAGUGCUAAUCAAAAUACAAAACAAUUAUUAAAUAACUCUUCUGUUGUAUUUAUUAACCAAUCACCUCCUCCACCUCCAGAUGCUUCAUCAUCUGUUUUAAUUAAUGGGAAAAAUAAUAAAUAUGUUCAAAGUACAUUGAGAAAUAAAAAUUAUGAACAAGAGGUAGAAGAUUCUAGUUCUAUACAACUUAAUCAAAUUUCGCAAAAAAUUUUACAGAGUCAACAAAGUUCCAUAAAUAAUAAUUUGUCAUCAAAUAAUAAUAAUAAUACAGUUGCAAAUAUGAGUAAUAAGAAUACAAAUACAGAUGUUAAUAAUAUGAAUUUAAUAAAUAUGAAUAUGAAUAAUCUUAAUAAUAAUAACAUGUACAAUUCAUAUAAUUCACCUCCAGGUUUAGCUAAUCAAUUUAAUUAUUCAUUUACUAAUUUAUCUUAUCCAUACAAUAAUUUGCAUUAUAAUGGAUAUACAACACAAGCAUUGGUUCCUCAAUAUGGAUUAAUAAAUAAUCAUUAUAAUAAAAGUAAUAGUAUUCAUAACAAUAAUUUUAAUUAUAACAUGAAUUAUGAUAAUUUUGAUGAGAAUAAUUUAUAUGCACAUAAUAAUAAUAUACAUAUGAACAGCUAUGUAAAUUUUAUGAAUGUUAAUGUAAAAAAAAAUCAGUUAAACACAGAUGAUGAUAAUUUAAGUAAUUCAGGAGAAGUUUCAAUUUCUGGAUCUCUUCAACCUUUAAAUUUAUCACACGAUAAUCCAACAAAUUCAAAUCAAAACUCAACAAAUAUUAACUCGUGUGGAGAAAAUACAAAUAAUGGAUUAAAUAAUUUAUCUUUAAAUAAUCUGAACAAUGUUAACCCGAAUUUAAAUAUAUCAUGUGCAGAAUUAAAAAAUAAGCAACAGGUAAAUAAAAAUAUAAAUGAAUUACAAUUGCAACCACAAAUUCAAACAAUGAAGCAAACACAUGUUCAAAAUAAAAAUAAUUUAAAUAAUCAACAUUCCAAUCAACAUAAUCAAAAUAAACAUUCAGGACAGCAUCAACAAAAUUUAAUGAAUGCUUCUAUUAAUCAAUAUUCACAAAGUCAAAUACAUCCAAAUAAUUCUCAAAAUACUGCAUCAUCUACCUCUUCUUCGUUAACAGGGAAAGUAGAAACUAAUAAUUUAAAUAAUUCAACUCAAAAUAAUCAAAAUAGUUUUAUAAAUAAGCAGUUGUAUCAUAAUAGUAAUUAUUAUAAUAUAAACUCUAACAAUUUUAACAUACCUCCAGGAUUUGCCAUAUCUCAAGAAAAAGAACAAAACAAUAAUUAUUUGAAUAACAAUGUAACAACAAAUAAUGCAAAUACAACAGUAACUGCUUAUAGAAAUAAUUGGAAUAAUAUUAAUGAGAAAAGUUUAAAUCAUUAUAACAUAAAUUAUAAUUAUAAUAGAAACAAUAAAAAUAAUUUCAAUUACAGUAAUAAUUUGAAUUACAGUAAUAGUAAUGGAUACAAUGGAACAAGAGAUAAUACCAAUACCUUUUUUAAUUAUAAUAAUUUUAGUUAUGCUUUACAAACACCACCAGGUUUACAGAAUUAUUAUCAAAGUACACAAUAUCAACAACAAAGUAAUUAUAACAAUAGAAAUUACAAUUAUUCAGGAUAUAAUAACAAUUUAUCAAUGUGGAAUAGAGAAGAAUAG